AUGAAGUUCUCUCCUGCUACCCUCCUGGUGCUGGCGGCUCCGCUCGUCAAUGCAGCCGCUUUCUCCAUGUUCGACCCCACGCAGGUUAGCCUCAAGGCUGGGACCACUGAGGAUUUCCCAGUCGAAGGCGACAACCCUUUAAACUACUGCGCCAAACCAGACGGUUACAAACUCAACAUUAAGUCGGUGGAUCUGUCACCGAACCCACCUGCUGCGGGAACCAAACUGACCAUCUCCGCUGAGGGUACCCUGCUUGAGCGGAUCGACAAGGGUGCCACCGUGAACUUGGAGGUCAAAUGGGGCCUUAUCACCUUGAUCAGACAGACCGUCGACCUCUGCGACGAGCUCAAGAACGUGGACCUUGAGUGCCCGCUGGAGAAGGGCAAGAUGGUCCUGACCAAGGAGGUCGAUUUACCCAAGCAGAUUCCACCAGGCUCGUACUCCGUCCUCGCUGAUGUCUACAACCAAAAUGAGGAGCAGGUCACUUGCCUUACGGCGACUAACAUCAAGUUCCACAUCUGA